AUCGUUUCUGGAAAUUAGCCAGCGAAGUUGCUGUUCCAACCCCAUCGAUUUCGUUCGCUGAUGGUCCACGACUCUCAGCCACCACAAUAACAACACUCGAUAGAUCAUACCGGUAGCAAUUGACACAAAGCAAGUCUACUAUCCUGGCAACUUAGUCAACAAUGGCGGAAGAAGAAGCAAAGGAGGUGGUAGAAGAUUCAAAGGAAGCUUCAGGAGCGGAGGCACCUGCAGCUGAGAAUGAAGGAGGCACAGGGGCUCCCGUGGAGAACGGGGAAACCAACUCUUCUGGUAAUCGUGCCCAACUAGCAGAGUUUCCCAUGGAAUGGACUCAAAUGGGUCAAUGCGAUGCUGCCAAUGCUCCGGCCAACGUCAUUCGUUAUCCUUCUGAUGUGGGUGAAAUAUCGAAGGAAGACACAGAAAUCAUGAUUGUGGGAACAGCGGGACAAAAGAUUACUCGAAUUGGCCAGCAGUUUCAUGAGACGGCAUCUCCAGAGUUGACACGUCUAAUCCUUCGUUCGCAUCUUAUCAAGUCCAUGGAAGGUUUGGAGGGAUUCAAACACUUGCAGCUUUUGGAGCUCUAUGACAAUAUGGUUGAAGAAUUAAAGAAUCUGAACGAUGGCGAAGAUGGGACUCCUGGAAGCACCCUUACUGUUUUGGAUAUGAGCUACAAUGUAAUCCGAGACAUGGACCCUGUCUCAUUCUGCCCCAAUUUGACGGAAUUAUACUUGGCCAACAACAAGCUCAAGACCAUGGCAGGCCUCAAAGGGCUGAGCAAGCUGCGCAAAAUUGAUCUGGGAGCUAACAGAAUCAGGAUCAUGGAUGCAGAAGAACUCUCAGGUCUUGUGAGUCUGGAAGAGCUCUGGCUGGGAAAGAACAAAAUUGAGAAAAUUGAGGGCCUGGAAAAUUUGAAGAAUCUUCGUCGCUUGGACGUUCAAUCCAACCGCAUCACGCAAGUGGAGAAUCUGACCAGUCAGAAUGACACUCUGGAAGAGUUGUUCCUGGGGCACAAUGGCAUUACUUCCGAGGGAAUCACACUGGAAUCUGGCCUUGCUCAGGCAUUUCCCAAUCUGAAUGUGCUGGAUCUGAGUCGCAAUCGCAUCAUCAGCACGGCUCCGUUGGCUCAUUUGACAUCACUGGAAGAACUGUGGCUGUCUGGCAACAAGAUUGCCAGUUUUACAGAUGUAGAACCCCUGAGUGCCUUGGGAAGCCAUGGCUUGGAUACAGUGUACCUGGAAUACAAUCCCGUAGCGGAUGAAUUUGAGUAUCGCAAGAAAUUGGCCGAAUUUAUCCCAUCAUUAAAACAGAUUGACGCAACGAUGAUUGGUGGUUUGGCACACCAUGGAAUUCCAGGAGUGGCACGAAGCGGAGGAACAGCAGAGACGGUGGAGGAGCAGAUGAGGCGCCUCCAAGGCGCUGCAAUAGCGCGAGCCAAGAAACAAACUGAAGAGCAAAAGAAGAAUUCUGAAUAGGAUAAAAGGAAUAGAGUUGAGAGACGCUUCCUGUCUAUUUGACACUUCGUGUCCAUGUAGCUAGUAGCCUGGAACUGGUGUCUACAUAAACCGAGCUCUCUGUCUUACAGCCAAGCAAGAAACUGAAGAGCAAAAUAAGAAGAUUGAAUACUGUAGGAUAAAGGAGUAGAGUUCCUACUGUAUCUAUUUAUUUGACACUUCGUGUCUAUAUGUUAGCUCGAAGCCUGGAACCAGUUUCUAUAU